GUUCUUCGUGAUGAUCGUGGUUCAAUACAAAUAUAUUGUGACAAAAAUUCUCUCCAAAUUCCGCAAUUUAAUUCUGAGUCUGUCCUGAUAGUGACAGGUAAAGUCCAAGCACGUCCGGAAAAAGAUGUUAACAAGGUAAUGUUAUUUGUGUUAUAUUUUAGCUUCAAGCGUAUGCCAACUGGCGAAAUCGAAAUAGUUGCUGAAAGCAUUGAAAUCCUUAGUCAUUCAUCUCCACUCUCCUUUCUUCCGAAAGAUGAGGCGAAUGUCAGUUGUUAUCCUAUGACCACUCGGUUAUUUUAAGGUCAACGAAAUGGAAAGAUUAAAAUAUCGUUACAUUGAUCUUCGUUCGUCGAAUAUGCAAAGAAACAUACGGUUUCGUUCAUCUAUCAUAUUGCAAAUGCGGAACUUUCUGUGUCAAAAUAAUGGUAUUGUAAAUAUUUUGUGAUUUACGUAUAUAGGUUUUACUGAAAUCGAAACUCCGUAUUUGUUCAAAAUUACUCCAGGGGAAAGUAUUUGUAUUAAUUUUUGACUUCUUUAGGGUGCCCGUGAGUUUGUUGUACCUACCAAGUUUCCUGGAUUAUGGUAUUGCUUACCUCAAAGCACUCAACAAUUCAAACAGCUUUAGAUGAUAAGUGUAUUUAGUAAAUAUAUGCAGGUUGCUGGAUGUUUUCGCGAUGGGACUUCUAGGUCUGACAGACAACUCGAGUUUACUUAGGUUAUCUUUCAUUCUUCCUAACUUUUGUAGUUGGACAUAGAAAUGGCAUUUAUCACUCCAGAUGAUAUUUAUGAAAUAAUUGAGAAAAUGUUGUUAUAUAUUUGGCCUACAGUUCAGAGUACUUCAGGUUAUCAGACAAUAUCGAUUGCAUUUUUGCGCAUGGAAUAUUGUGAUGCUAUGUCAUGAUAUGGAAGUGACAAACCAGAUGUACGCUUUGGUUUCUUGUUUUCAUAUUCCGCAUUGAUGGACUCACAGGAUUUGAUAUACCAAGGAAAUACUCAUCAAAUUUAAGUGCUGAAGAUUUGGACUCCUUGGAAGAUUUGGUUUUUCGUCUAACCGGUCAAAGAAUAUCAAUUUUGACAGUCCAAAAUAUCAAGUCAAACCAGUUGGACUUACUAAAUUUAUUGAAACCAACGUGUGGUGAUUUAGUUGUCUUCAUUAAAGGAAAUACAGAAAUUGAGCUAACAAUUGCCUUUCAUACUGAUUGGUUUUUGCCUACUAGUUAAAAGCAUUGGGCAUGGCACGAGUUAAAGUUGCUAAGCUUAAUGAUUCGAAGGAUGGUACCCUUUUUUCAUUUCAUUAUUUGAUCAACUAGCUUUUAUAUAACAACUACAUUCAUAUUCUCUUAGUGGUAAUUGCGUAUUUUUCGAAUGAGCAAACUACUUAAUAAACUGAUCAGUUGCUGGAGAUUAACCAGAGUUAACAAGCCUAUUUUUUGUCCUCCAAAUGCUUAACAUCAGUUAGAAAGUUACUGAGUCGGUUAAAGAAGUGUUAGUUCUCUAUUUGAAUACAUUUAUGAGGUCAACAAAGGACAAAGUUUUCACCAGAGCUUUUCUCAUUUUACAAUCAAAAUACCUUAAUGCUCUUAAAAUAUUUUACCUUACGUUAAUUCCUAUCAGGCGAAAUUUAAACAUUGCCUUUCAGAGGAGCCUACAGAUCACCAUACUUUCAUUUGCCAAUACUUUGCUUCAUCCACUUGGAUUUAAUUAUCCUUGCUCGAUCUUCAUGAAUUAUAUGCAUAUGAUUAUCUUAAGUCAUACUGUUGGAUAUAUAUGUAAUUUCACAAAGCAAUGAUAUUUUAUUGUUGGUUGUUGGAAUCGUAAUGCAUACGGUACAGGAACUCAUCUGUGUGACUUCACAACAGUCAGACUCUGGAUCCGUGAUGAGGUCUCAGAGCCUCUUAGCCUUGACCACAUUGCUUCUAUAUUAGUGUGCACUACUGUGGUAGGGUCAAUAAAAUAUCUCGUGAACGAUGACAAUGGUCGUAACCAAGUCUGGAUAGGCAUCUAUAUGCACUCCAGUCGUCCGUGUAUUUUGUGGUACCUGGUUGCACACACUCCCAUAUAAUUAGUAUCAGCUUUGUAACCUUUCAGUUUCUGAGGUUCUGAAAAUGUCACUUUUGCGAUGAUCUAUCAUCUAUACCAAAAAGCUGCCAAUAAUGUCUAAGAAACUGUUACUUACCCAAUCUUCAGUCACACUUUCUCUAUUAGGUCUGCGUUUCCGAAAGACCGUCUCAUCGAUUUUCUCGUUUCCUCCAGACGACUAAUUCAACAUCGUCAUCUUUAUUGAACAUAUGUCGCUAUAAUACUCGUACCACUGAACUGCUGAAGCUUCAGUAACAUCUUAAAAGGUUGCAUCCAGUAUUACUGGUGCACUUGUAAUUCAGUCUACAACAAUUAGCACAACCUGUCUCAAUGUCAAUCGUGAUUGACUCAAAGAAGUUCUCGUUCUUUCAGACUUCUUUCAAUAUAUUUUACAUCGAAAUAUCAUGUCGUCCAGAUAGUCUGCACACUGUUCAACAGUUAUUUGAACUCCUCAAUCAUAAAUAACAGAGGUUCUCAGUAGGCGCAUCUGUUGUAGCGGCUGAACUUUGAUGUCCUCCUUGAAAUUCGCUGUAAACUGAUUGUACGUGUACAUUACAUGUUGAAGUAUAAAUGUCUGUGACCCUAGACUCGCCUGCCCGAUUCUUAUUGGCUCAUCCAUGAAUUACAGUCUCACUAAAAUUCAUCGCACAAAUUACACCGAAUGUUGUAUUCUUCGAUUUGAGUGGGUCGUUUAUGAAUUCUUUAAUUUACAGGUAUAAUUACUAAGUUUUGAUAUUAUAAUUUUGAACAAAUUGAACAUUGGGUAGAUUGUUAUGAAUAAAAUAUUUGUAAUAUCCCAAUGGGUUGAAAAAUGAGAUUUUCUGACGUUUCGUGUCUCACUGUAAGCUUCUUCUUCAGAGAACAAAUAACCAAAUUAACAUUAACCCAUGUUUAAAUAGUACAACGGAACAACAUGAAUAUUAGGUGCGAUCAAUCAAAAAACAGUUUAUUAUGGCCAGCCAUGUCUUGUAUUUUCGUAACUGUCCAGGACGGUUUGUCUUAUCAUUGGAUUGCACUUAUUAUUAUCACCAUUUUAUUGUCUGUUUUACUGAUUGGUCCGCAUAAUUUUAUGACAACUUAUGCCCACUACUUUUUCAUCGCAUGUAUUAUAUUCCUUACUGCCUAUUUCCUUUAGGUCAAUGGAAAUCAGUGCACCACCCGUUCACUGCUGCGUCACCAGAGACAGCACAUUUCUUGUAUACUGAUCCGAGCAAAGUUAUCGGUUUACAUUACGAUUUGGUUUGUAAUGGUCAAGUGGUUGGAGGUGGUUCAAUUCGAGUACAUAAUCCUGAGGUGCAAAAGCAUAUUUUUACCGAAAUUCUUAAGGACAAUUCUUGUGAAAUGGAAUACUUUUUAACUACCCUAAAUUCAGGAGCUCCACCGCAUGGUGGGAUUGCGUUAGGUAAGUGGAUGUUAUAUCCUUACAUAGAUUCUCUCUAGGUCUUGAUCUUUUAAUUGCAAUAUUUGUAAAUGCCAAAUCAAUCAGAGAUGUAAUUGCUUUCCCAAAAGCAGCUGAUGGGAAAGAUCUCUUAUGUGGAACACCAACUAUGGUAGAUGAUGAAAUUUUAUCACAGUAUUGCAUUUCUGUUUCCAAUCUUAAUAAAAGUUGAUUCCCAACUGAUAAUUUUAACCUUUCUAAAUAGUGUUUGCUUUAGCAACAUCACAGUAGUUUGGGUAUAAUUAUUGUUAGGAAUAUUUUACCAUCAUGGUAUCCUAAUGUUUAUGAAUAUUGUAAAUAUAAUUAGAUUGUGU